AUCCCGUCCUCCAUCAACACAACACAACACAACAACAUCCUCUCCUCCCUCCUCUCCACCUCGACUCUUCUUCACCACAAUCUCCGUCGCCAUCCCAUACCAUCACCACUUCUCAUGGGAGGCUUGUGAUCUGCAUCGUACUAUCAGGAGUACCGCGCAGCUCUGCUAACACGAGUCUAUCUCGAGCUACCUCCGACAUUCUCGAACCCCUAUGAAUUUUGGGACGCGAUAUUUGCCACACACCCAUCGAGCAUCUUUGCAGCAACAUUGCCCUACAAUUCCAACUAGCUUUUGGUCAUUUGCUAUUCUAAUUCACUUUGCAUAGCUACGCCAUGAACGCGCAACCGCAGCGUCCUGGCCAGAAGGGUCGAGUUCAAGUCGACGAGAAUACAGCUCCGAUCCAAUCAAAACAAACCCUCCACCAGCGACACAAGUCCACAGGAGCACUCAACAAUAUGCAUCCAGCCGGCGGAAAUAAGGGCGAGCCCAAGAGAAAGGCCUUCGGCGAUGUCAGCAACACGGUCAGAGCUCCAGUUGUCCAUGAUGACUCCGCCAUCCCAUCCAAACAGAUCCAUGAAAUCUUCAAGCCUAUUAUUCCCCUCGACACAAAGCCUACCCUCCUCCGCCCUGCACAACGCCCCCUUAAUACUGCUGCAUCUAAGAUCGCCUUAAAUACCACAACCUCUGCCGACCCCAUCUCCAAUCCUAUUACUUCAAAGGUCCCUCUCUCGGACACCCGACAGCUUCCUGCUCCCCCGAAGCGCACUCUUUCGAAGAAGGCUACAACAAUCUACAAGGACGAGGAUUCAGAGAAUGUAGCCCCUCAAAUUAAUGUCAAGACAGUUGCUAGACAAGAUGUCUCGGUUAUUGCACCGGUCCACCAGUCCUUGGAGACUCGCAAGAGCCAUGCUCAAAUGCAACAAGCUCCUCAGGCUGCACGCAAUAUGGUGCCCAGCUACCCAUCAGUAUCUGACAACAACACCAGUGAUGCAGUCUACCAGGAUGCUGCAGAGAGCCAGGUCGGAGGUGCUAUUGAGCAAUAUGUAGCUUAUGAGGAAGUCCGCGCAUCAGCAGUUGUUCUCGACCCAUACGCUGCUGGUACCUAUAGAGAGCAGCGCAAGCUUCCAGCUCUUCCAGAACCGGAGGAAUACUGGGAGGAUGACGAGGAAGAGGUCUAUGAUGAGCAAGGGUACACCACUGCACACUCAUUUCGAAGCCGAGGAGAUACAACUGGAGGUGUUACCACCGUCCUUGCUCCCAAGGUUACUCUCAAUGUUCGCAGAGAGCUUGCAGCUGCCAAGCAUGCUGUAGAGAGCGCUCGCACUAUGGAGGAGAUUGAGGAUGAGGCUUGGGAUACCAGUAUGGUGGCCGAGUAUGGUGACGAGAUCUUCGCAUACAUGCGUGAGCUUGAGGUAAGACACGCACCAAACUUCUCCCCUUGCACCCUUGCCCUGGUAAACGCGUCCCUGUGUAGCCAAGGCCUGUUAUGUGACCACCCUUGGCCAUUAAUGGCGCCUUUGUUUACCUCAGUCCUCGCACUGUUUGUGUUCCUUGGAUCAAAGCUAACCAGUCUUUCGCGUCAGAACAAGAUGCUUCCUAACGCCAAUUACAUGGAUACCCAGACCGAGAUUCAGUGGUCCAUGCGGUCCGUCCUCAUGGACUGGCUGAUUCAGGUCCAUCAUCGCUUCUCCCUCCUCCCAGAGACUUUGUUCCUCUGUGUCAACUACAUUGACCGCUUCCUAUCCUGCAAGAUUGUCUCCUUAGGCAAGUUGCAGUUGGUUGGUGCCACCGCUAUCUUCGUUGCUGCAAAAUACGAGGAGAUCAACUGUCCUUCUGUAAAUGAGAUCGUCUACAUGGUAGAUGGAGGUUACACGGUUGAUGAGAUCUUGAAGGCCGAACGAUUCAUGCUCAGUAUGUUGCAAUUUGAGCUUGGAUGGCCCGGACCAAUGAGUUUUCUUCGACGUAUUAGCAAGGCGGAUGAUUAUGAUUUGGAAACUCGAACCUUAGCGAAAUACUUCCUAGAAGUGACUGUCAUGGACGAACGCUUCGUCGGCAGCCCCCCCAGCUAUGUCGCUGCUGGUGCCCACUGCUUUGCCCGUACCAUGUUGAAGAAGGGUGACUGGUCCCCAGCCCACGUGUACUACUCCGGAUAUACUUGGACACAGCUCAAGCCCAUCGUUUCUAUGAUGAUGGAGUGCUGCGAGAACCCCCUCAAGCACCAUGCUGCUGUUUUUGACAAAUACUCGGAUCGCCGAUACAAGCGCGCCUCCCAGUUCGUUCAGGCAGAAAUGGCCAAGGGCUUCCGUCUUCCGGCGAUGUACUCACGUCCAUCCCUUCCUUCCCGUCAGGACUUUGAUCGGGAUCCUUUCUUCCAACGUUAGGAAAUGCUUGUCUCUCAGAGAUGAACUUCAUCCUCGUUUACCCUUCUCUGUAUAUUUUUGGACCAGAUAUCGAUUUUUUCCCUAUCGACCAUCAGAUUGGCAUAGGCUGCUUGACUGUAUCUGGAUCCGGACCUACAGAGCAAAAGCCAUGGGUAUUUCCCUUCCAGAUUCUCGAUUCCACAUGCCCUUUACUUCUUGGAACUCGCCUUCGAGAUCCGAAACGAUCAUUUCGUCCCCCAAAAGCAUUCUGCAUUUCCAGCGUCACGAUACCACGAUGAGACGAGACCACGACCUUCCCUUUCUGCUUCAUCGCUCACCUGCUUGUGGGCUUGGGGGUAAUGGUGAAAAUAGAGAGCAGAGCGCUUGCUCGGUUAAUGCAUUGCCUUUGUUCCUUCCCUUCUGCGAGAAAUACCGUGUAAUUGCCAGACGCUUUCUUUGAUCUCUGGAUGUCCGGCGUUCCCGGGCGUCCAAAGGAGUGUAGGGAAGUGUGCAUACUAAUUAGAGUAGAGGUUAAUAAUACUUCUAUAGAUACAUCUCUUCCCAUCCUUCUGUGAGGUGUGAUGGCAUAUUGCGGUAGCCCGCUUUUUGAAGGCUAUUGUAAUGCUCUCUGAAAAAUCGUUCUUCCCUAUUGCAUGCCAUCCCACCGCCAGUAACAACGCGCCACUUGAGCUCAUCCUGAUCAUACUAUCCAAUAACUCGUAUUUUGUUGCCAAGCCCUAUUGUUCAGCUAUUCUGGUCUGGUAAGAUAUUCAACAGUGUAUGCUUUGCACGCGAAAUAGAAGAAGCUACACAGCUCUGAUUUUCUUGAAUUGUAUCUUGAUGAUUCACCAAACAAUCCCCAAACACAGUUCUCGGAAAUGCUUGU